GAUUAUACGGGACAUUUUCGCUGACCUAUGGCUACACGUCGCGCUGUGUUUAUUGUGGCUGCUAAACGGACGCCAUUUGGUACGUUCGGCGGCAAGCUGAAGAAUGUUAAUUCAACAGACUUGGCAGCUCAUGCCUCUAAAGCUGCACUAGAGGCCGGAAACGUUGCACCGGAGACGGUGGACUCUGUAGUGUUCGGAAAUGUCAUACAGUCUUCGACACAUGCCCCUUUCAUUGCUCGUCAUGUUGGUCUGAUGUGUGGCAUUCCACAAACUGCUAGAGCACUGACUGUCAAUCGACUCUGUGGAUCAGGCUUUCAAGCUAUUGUCAGCGGCUACCAUGAGAUCUGUCUCAGUGAAGCUGAAAUUGUACUGACAGGAGGAAGCGAGAACAUGAGUCUGUGUCCAUUUUCAAACUACACGGCACGUUUUGGAACCAAACUAGGCGUAGGCAUUGAGCUAGAAGACACACUGUGGGCCGGGUUGAAAGACAGCUACGUAAACCUACCAAUGGGAGUAACAGCCGAAAAUCUUGCCGAGCAGUAUGACAUCACACGCGAACAGUGUGAUCGGUAUGCUCAUCUGACACAGUCAAGAUGGGCAAGAGCUAACGAGGAAGGAAGGUUCAAUGCAGAGAUUGCACCCGUGACUCUGAAAGGCAAAAGGGGUGACGAUGUUAUGAGUACUGAUGAGCAUCCUAAACCUUCGACUACAGUGGAGGGACUUGCUAAGCUGCCGACGGUUUUUAAGAAGGGUGGGACUGUUACAGCAGGAAAUGCUUCUGGAAUUAGUGAUGGAGCUGGUGCACUCAUACUUGCCUCUGAAGAAGCAGUAAAGAAGCACAAUCUAUCACCACUGGCUCGAUUGGUCUCUCACUACGUGGCCGGUGUGGAUCCGAAAAUCAUGGGCAUUGGACCCGUACCAGCAAUCAAAGGAGCUCUCAGCAAAGCUGGACUGUACUUGAGUGACAUGAAACUGAUUGAGGUAAACGAGGCAUUUGCGCCUCAAUAUUUGGCCGUUGAGAAGGAACUUGGACUCAAACGAGAAACCACCAAUACAAAUGGUGGCGCAAUUGCUCUUGGGCAUCCAGUCGGAGCGUCCGGAGCUCGAAUUACUGGGCACCUUGUGCAUGAGCUGCGUAGAGUGAAUGGGCAGUAUGCAGUUGGAUCAGCGUGUAUUGGUGGUGGACAAGGUAUUGCUGUGGUAAUAGAGAGAGUCUGAGUGACGUGAAUUGAUGUCUAUGGGUUUUGUUGAUUUUUUGGGCAAACAAGAGGUUGGGAAUUGAUUAGCUGGA